UGUUGUGGGAGGCCAGCCCAGCCCAGCCCAAGCAGGUCCCAGGCUCUCUCCCCUCCCCCUUCCUCCCCCCUGCCUCGGUGCCUGGAACAAUAGAGUGCGAGUGGAGCCGGCUCUGGGCUGCGCUCCCACCCCUUCUCCCUCUCCCCGCCUCUCCUCCCCUCCCCUCCCGCUCGCCCUGAGCCAGAGGCAGAGCAGCCGCCGCCGGAGGAGCCGGUUCCAUGCCCGCUGGAGCCUCCUCUUGCUGCUGCUGCCGCCGCCUCUUUCUCCUCCUCAGCGCGCAGUCCCGGCAUGGACGUUAGGUUUUACCCUUCCGCCCCCACCGCCGUUGGAUCCUUGCCUGGGGCCGACCCCACUUGCUUGGGCCCCCUGGACUAUUACCACUGCAACAAGUUUGACGGUGAAAACAUGUAUAUGGGAAUGAAUGACAAUAACCAGGAGUUCCUCUCAACGAAUCAGACAUACAAUGGUCAGAAUGAGAAUAAUGAAGAUUAUGAAAUCCCUCCCAUUACUCCUCCUAACCUCCCAGACCCUUCCCUUCUUCACUUGGUGGAUCAUGAAACUGGAUAUCAUUCAUUGUGCCACAGUCUCCCUCCAAAUAGCCUGAUACCAGCAUAUUCCUACCAGAAUAUGGACCUUCCAGCCAUCAUGGUCUCUAACAUGUUGAGCCAAGAUGGACACCUUCUCUCUAGUCAGCUACCUACUUCAUUAGAUUGCCUUCCACUGAGGUCCAUGGGACUGCACAGGAGUAACUAUUUGCAGCAUGUGAUCCAGGAGAUGGUCCACUCAGACGCCACUUCCUAUGAGUCCAACCAUCAAGUUCCCCUGAUCAAUCGACCAGGGAUGUUAACCGGUCACAUGAGCGCCCUCAGCCAGUCACAGCUGAUUUCUCAGAUGGGUUUGAGGAGCGGUGUUACCCAUGGUUCCCCAUCACCCCCUGGAAGCAAAUCUGCUACACCAUCUCCCUCCAGUUCUGCUCAGGAAGAGGAGACAGAGUCACAUUAUAAGGUAACUGGAGAGAAGAGACCACUGACAGAUCUGGGCAAAAAACCCAAAAACCAAAAGAAGAAGAAAAAGAAGGAUCCCAAUGAACCCCAGAAGCCAGUGUCUGCUUAUGCCCUGUUUUUCAGAGACACCCAAGCAGCUAUCAAAGGACAAAACCCCAACGCUACCUUUGGGGAUGUAUCAAAAAUUGUUGCAUCAAUGUGGGACAGUUUAGGAGAAGAACAAAAACAGGCAUAUAAAAGGAAAACUGAAGCAGCAAAGAAGGAGUAUCUAAAAGCUCUGGCAGCCUACCGGGCCAGCUUGGUUUCCAAGAGCUCAGCCGACCAAGGAGAGACAAAAAGCGCCCAAACCAAUCAACCUUCAAAAAUGAUCCCACCUAAACAGCCCUUGUAUACAAUGCCACCGCAGGCCUCAUCACCUUAUCCUGGCUUGGGCUCUUUCUUGUCCCCAUCAGACCUGCAAAGUUACCGUGGACACCCUCACCCCAGCCUCUCCAGGACCCUCAAUUCCAAGCCCAUGUUGCCCAGCAUCAGUGCCUCGCCACCCCCUUCAUUCCAAAUCAGCCCCCCUCUCCAUCAGCAGCUGUCUUUGCACCACCCACAGAGCUCCAUCCUCAACCAGUCUCUCAGCAUGCAGCAGGUCCCACAGCAACCCAUCCUGUCUCCUUCCAUGGCACUACAGGUACAGCCCCCAAUGAACUCUUCACCACCAGGCCAGCAGGACUUUUCACAUAUUUCAUCCGAGUUUCAGAACAGUGUUGGGCCGCGAUCACCUGGUGCAUCAAACCCCCCAGGAAAUACUGAGUGGGACAAUGAAUACCCCAGCAGAGAGUGUGGGAUUAACCACUGCAGCAUGCUGCCAAGGGACAAGUCACUCUACCUCACUUAAACCCUGAUACCGCUGUUCUGCAAAGGUGAAAAGGAAGGACAUUUAAGAGGGUGUGCGAUGCAGGCUACCCAGAUGGGCAUCAAGCAAGUCAUAUGGGCAAGAGAGCACCUCACCUUUGGCUUCAUAUCCUGGCUCUGAGAGCAGCAUAUCCCUUCCCUUUUCUUCUCCUCCUCCCUGUCUGUCUCUUCUUCUCUGAAGUCCUUCUGUACAUGGAAGCCAACCUUGCAUAAACCAUAAAGAACAAAAUUUACAAAGGACCACCCCACCCCACGCACACCUUUCUCUGCUUGCCACCAGCUUAGCUAUGGACCAUUUUCCUAGCAAACUGCUUUUUAGAUUCAGCACAGACCCGGGCACAGCGCUCGCUCAAAGGCAUUAGGCUUGGCUCAGCAGGAGGAGACACUUUUUUGACGACUUGCUAAAUGGCACUAAACUUUGUGCAAGACAAAUGUGAAGUCUGUGUGAAUAUUGUACAUGCAAAAGGCCUCGGAUGUCUGGCAAAAAAAUUAAAAAUUUAAAUUUAAAAAUUAAAAAUUAAAACCUGUUUGGAGGUUAGGUGGAGACAUCAGAUGGGAAGCAGAAGUGCAAAUAUGAGAGGGAGACAAUGUGAAAAAAGACCAUGAAAAAUAUAAUUUGUUGGAUAGUUGUAAGUAGCUUACUAAAUGUUUUAGAACCGUGCUAAAGACAUCUUUAAGAUUUUUUUGUGGAAAAAAAAUUAGUAGUUUACUUUAUAGUAAAAGCAUUUUAUAUUAAUUGUAGCACAUUUUUUAGUUAUACAUAGAAUGGAGAUGUGUAUAAAAAAACCUGCCAAACUCGUUUCUAUUAUUUGUACAGCAAGAAAUGGACAGUUUAUAUCCAUGUUAUAUGGCAUUAUUAUAUUUUUUUCAGCCAUACGUCCAUCUAUUUAAAAUUGCUGACAAGGAUUUUUGUCUAUUUAUGAAAAAAAUUAGAAAGCAGAAUACAAUUUAUGAAAAGUGCUUUUUCCAUGGUUGUUUUUUUUUUAAUUAUUUUAUUUUCUUUCUGGUGCUGUUUAUGCAGUACCUGCACAUUUUGGCUCACAAUGCUUAUCUUACCUUUC